CCGCAGCCCAAGCUCCAGUCACAGAGCCGCGGCCGUGACUCUGCCCAGUGACGUGGGGCGGCCGAACUUUACGUAACCCGCCCGGCACCCCACGCGUGCCCACACAGUACACCUAGGGCGCAGGGGGCCCGGGCUUGGGAAGGAGCUGCAGUCAUGCCAAUCCUCCCAGAGGGGCGGCUGCCGCAGCCCACUUCAUAGUGCCCACCUCUGUAACCCAAUUACCGCUAAUGGUCAUGACACUGUGGACGAGGCCCUCUAGCUGUCCCAGGUCCCUUGUAACCUAGAGCUUACCCUUGAUGGAGGCAGUAGGGCUCUUGGGCAGGGAGGCCAAGGGUGAAUAGCCUUGGGGUGAGGCUUGGGGCCCAAAGUUGAGGUAGGGUUUAAACUGUGGUCUGCAGUGUCUGGAACUGGCCUCCUCAAACAGAACGCAGGAGUCCUAGGCUCUUGUCCAGACUCAGCCUGACCUGGUGACUGACCUUGGAUUAGCUUGUCCCCCUUUGAAAAAUGGGAUGGCAGUAUCGGCCUCAUGUGGAUGGACCAGGAGUGGACUGCAGGUUGGUCUGGGUAGUGUGACCCAUGCUUUGAGGCCAGGAGACUCCCCGAGUCCAGCAUGCCGUGGGACACCAGGCCUGGACGCAGCGCCAACGGAGGGCCGGAGGGUCCAGGCGCAGCUCGCUUGCGGGUGCAGAAGCAGUGCCGGAAGUCAUCCUUCGCUUUCUACCUGGCAGUGCGAGAUCUGCUGCCAGUGUGGCUACUCGAGGACAUGCGUGCCAGCGAAGCCUUCCACUGGGACGAGCGUGGGCGCGCUGCCGCAUAUUCGCCAUCGGAGGCCCUGCUCUACGCGCUCGUGCACGACCACCAAGCCUAUGCUCACUACCUGCUGGCUACCUUCCCUCGCCGAGCACUCGCCCCACCCAGCGCAGGCUUCCGCUGCUGCACGGCGCCCGGACCGCACGUGGCGCUGGCGGUGCGCUACAACCGCGUGGGCAUCCUUCGCCGCAUCCUGCGAACCGUGCAGGACUUCCCAGUCGAAGAGCGCGUGCGCCUCCUGGACCGGCGUGGCUGCAGCCGCGUGGAGGGCGGUGGUACGUCGCUGCACGUGGCCUGUGAGCUGGCGCGCCCUGAGUGCCUCUUUCUGCUGCUUGGCCACGGGGCUUCUCCAAGCCUUAGAGACGGCAGUGGCUUUACACCACUAGAGCUGCUGCUGCAUCAGCUGAACCAGGACGCCAGCUCAGCCCCUACUGCUGCUGAGGCUGCCUCUGCCACUGUCCCUGCCGCCACCGCCACCACCACUUCAUCAGGGGAGGUGUGCCAGCGUCGCCUGCUGCUGCUUGACCUGCUAGCGCUGUACACCCCGGGGGGCAUCGUAGGCCCAGCUCGAUGUGAACUGCUAGGAGACCGGCUACGCUGGCAGCGGCUACUGGGUGAGGACAAGUUCCAGUGGCUAGCGGGGCUGGCGCCACCCUCCCUCUUUGUCCGUGCCAUGCAGGUGCUGGUCACUACCAUCUCACCUGGCCGCUUCCCGGAGGCCUUGGAUGAGCUGCCUCUGCCACCCUUUUUGCAGCCCUUGGACCUCUCGGGCAAGGGUUAGACUCAGAGGACCCUGACCCAGUAUUUGGGGACAGAAGUAUUUUUGAGAGCAUUGUACCUGGCACUUUACAAAAUGGAUCUCUGACCGUACAGAGGAA